GUCGGUCGGCCGGCGCAGGUGUGGUGAUGGGCGCCUCGAGUAUAAAUAGCGUGGAGUGGAGCACCGUCAACAGCGGAUUCGCAGGGUGCUCACCUUUCAUCGCCUCACGUCUUUAGGCCAGCUCGGUUUGCAAAGCAAGCAUGUCUGACAAGUACGUGCCCACGGGUCUGGAACUCACCAUCGCCUCCAUGAUGGGGAUCUUCAAGGCGUAUGCCGGCAAGGAUGGCGACAGCUCCAGGCUCUCCAAUGCCGAGCUGAAGUGCCUCCUUACCAAGGAGCUGCCCGGAUACCUUCAGAACGCCAACGACUCGGCGGCGAUCGAGAAGGAGAUGAAGAAUCUGGACGAAGAUGGCGACGGCCAGGUGGACUUCAAAGAGUUCAUCAUCUUCAUCGCAGCCCUCACGGCCGCCUGCUACGACGCCAUCGAGGCGCAGGCCUCAAAGUCUCCGGUCAAGAAGUGAUUUGAUUUCCCCCCCCCCCCCCCCCCCCCCCAGAUGCAAGCGGUGGGGUGGUGGGUGUUAGGGGGUCUGUGGUGGAGGGGGGGGGAGUGCCCAGAGUGCUGACACUCGCAAGGAAAUUCUGCGUGGCACGUUGAAGACUGUGGCUUUUGGGGUGAGUUAGUUCGGGUUGUGUACUGUUAGUUUUCGGGAUCGUGACGCUACCCUAGUGAAUUGGAUCGUUGCUUCAAGCGUUUGGCCGUAGGGGUGUGUGACGGCCUCUAAUGUCGCGCGAUGCAGACCCCAGACUUUAGCUCGUUAAUUCCUCGAGCCGCUUUUCAUUUUGAUGGCACGUUCAUCGCCGCGGUAGUGAUAAGUUGAGUGGGGGGGG